AUGACGGUUGCCCAUUAUGAAACACUAGAACGCGUAUUCGUCGAGGUUUCCAAGGAAGAACCGAACAAAGACUUCCAAGAUUCCGAAUGGAAGACCCGGCUUAGAGAAACUGUCUUCAAGGUUCUCCGUCAACAACGUAAAUUGGAACAGCAAAAUGAAGACUUAGCCCGCCUAAAUGAAGAAGUCGCCCGCAAGAAAAGAAAAGUGGCCGUGGAGAAGAUGCUGCACGACAAACUCGACCGACUCAGAGAGCAAAUUGAUCUUCACCUUGACCAACUUGAACGAAUUAUUCGUCAUUAUUCUUUAGCUCCUCCAGAGAAGGUCGCGACUCUAACAACACUCGCUCUGGAAAGAGUUCACGAUGUUAUCAAAGUACUUUGGCAGGAAUUUGAAAGAAUUCACGAUGAGUUAUCCGCUAUUCCCGACGAUCAGUCUUUCCGCAACAAUGGUCGAGACCAGAAAGCAGAGAAGAGCGCGCAGACAAAUGGAGCAAUUUGUCCGCUUCUUGACAAUGAUAAUGCCACUAUCAAGUUUGACGGAGAAAUCGGUGCGCGACCUGUACAAGCUCGAAUCCGAGAAGCAGAUCACGGAUUCCCAGUCUAA